AUCCUGGCCGAUCGGAUGCAGAUCCACACUUGCAUCCAGUCUGGAACAGGUGAGUUUCCUCUGAAACCUGAGCUGAUUCCUCCCCUUCCUCCCCACCAGGAAGAGGAGACGAAACGGCUGCUGGAGCCUGCUGUCAGCCCGCCGAACAAGGUGUUGAAUGGAGCUGAACAAAACUACCACAGCCUCCCGUCAGCCCGCACAGAUGAGCAGGCCAUGCUGUCCUCCAUCCUCGCCAAGACGGCCACUAACAUCAUCGAUGUGUCGGCUGCAGAUUCCCAGGGAAUGGAGCAGCAUGAGUACAUGGACAGAGCCAGGCAGUACAGCACGCGACUAACAAUGCUGAGCAACAACUUGACGCACUGGAAGAAGCUGCCGCCUCUGCCGUCACUCACCAGCCAACCGCACCAAGUGCUAGCAAGUGAGACUGUCCCCUAUCCAGACUUACAGCAGGUCUCCCGGAUAGCCGCCUAUGCCUUCAGCGCGCUCUCGCAGAUCCGCGUGGAGGCGAAAGAAGAACUGGUUGUACAGUUUGGGAUCCCGUGAGCCGGCUCGCCCGCGCGCGCCCGCUGCUUCCAUUCACUCUCCCUUGCUUUCUCCUCUCUUCGAUCGGCGCCACGCCGCCACCGAACUUGUACAUAGCCCACAUGUCCCACUGAUCACAAAGGAGACGACAGCCGCCGCUUCGCAGGCCAGCCUGCUCCAGGCUUUCCCUGUCGCUGGGCUGGAGGGGCAGGGCAGCCAGGACGGGGGUGGGGAGGGGCUGUUGCGCAUAGGAAGCCUGGAUUGCACAGUUUUGACCACAAAGGGAAGAAAAUCUCUCGUCACUGAAACAGCCCUGGGAAGGAGGGGGGGCAGUGCAGCCUCCUGGCUCUGCAGUCAGGGCAGAUUGCAGUAUUGGUACCCACUUGCCACCUGUUAACAUUGGGGGAGGGGCGAUGGUUGCGUUCAAGGUGACACUGGAAAUUCACCCCGUGUAGCAUUGGUUGAAAAGCUUUCCCACGAUGAUCAUGGUUGGGGGGGGUGCCUGGGCUAAAUUAUAUUUUUUAAAGGCAGCACAGCAACAAAUCGUGGCCGCCGGGUCUGGGGCUCCGCUCGCAGGACUCGCUGUUGCUAACAACACUUGUUUUUACAUGGUUGAACCUUUGUGUUUUGGUUUGGGGUUUUUUGUUUUUGUUUUUUUGCCACCAUAGAUAAAACACAUUCAUCCAACCCA